AGCCCCGCCCCCAUAGCUCGGCCACGCCCCCCUUCGCCGAGGGCAGGGACUCUUGACCUCCACACAGGCAGACGUCCCCGUUGGAGACAGCACAUGCCAGGGGUGCUGGGGUUGCUGGUGGUGAGAUGAACUUUUUUGAGGCAGCCAAGACAGGCAGGGAGCUCACUCCUUCCCGUGCUUCCCCCUUUGAUUGACGUUGGCUUCCCGGGAGCUGCGGCUGUGCCUGAAGAAAAGCGAAGGAGCAUAAUUCUGCUGAAUUUCCCUGGCAGCAGGCGAAGGCAUGCAGUGCUGAGAAACGUGCCAGCAAAGAGCUUGGAAGUGCAAGUCCAGGUGCUAACACAACUUCCACCCAAGUCAUGCUGUUCUGAAGUCCUUUUUCUCCAGCCACAUCUUGCUUGGCACACCGGAACAAGCUGCUCCAGGGCUGCCCGUGGCACUGAGGCAGUCCAGGCUGGAUUAGUUCCUGGCGUGUCAUUGCUUCAGCUGUCUGGAGGACUGAGGAAGAUUGCAGGGAAGAUGUUGGACUUAAGCUUCCUGACUGAGGAGGAGUAUGAGAAACUGAUGAAGGUUCUGCAGAGGGAUGCUGAGCUGAAGAAGAAGGAUGGGGAUCGCAUCAGGCGAAUACAAGGCUCCAUCAAGGAUGAAAAGAAGAAGAAGUUUGUGACAGGUGAAUGGUUUUCAGAAGUGAAGGCAAAAAGGUUUCAGGAAGACUUAGAGGGGCCAGAUCUGCUUCGGGCAUCGAUUAGAAGGAAAAAGGGCAAACUAGAAAAUGAGACUGACGAGCACAUCCGGAUGGGUCUGGAAAGCAAAGCUGCCCCAAGUCCUGCCUGCCCCCAGAACACUGCUGGGAUAGGAGAGGAGAGAUCCAGCACACCUGCUCUUGAUGCCCCAGAGGAGCAUGAAAUCUUGCCAGAACCAAAGCAGAGACUUUUUGUCCCACUGUCUGCAUCACACAAGAGACCCAGUAUACAUGAUGGUUCUUCCUCAGAGAGUGACACUGGAGCAAGUCCAUUCGUGGCUGCAACAAACAGCUUGCAUUUGUCUAGAAAAGGUCAUGGAAUAUCUCCAUUGUCCACCAAGCUUUCAGAGGAUGCUGUGCCUCAACCCAGUGUGGCUGGAGGAGAAGCUAUUGAAGGGACCACAGCAGGAGCAAAAACUCCACCUGAAGAAACUUACCCUCCCAGCAAGAUACCAGUUAAGAGGAAACCAAGCAGAGCUUCCCCCAGAUCUGAGCAGUCUGUGAAACACACGGGGCCAGCAGAGAACAACCUCACAAAGAAAGAGCUGCUGGCAAGCCCUAAAUCCCUGGCUCAAGAAGGGGAGAGCAGCCAGUCUGGGAAGCAGAGUGCCAACUAUACCAUCUCAUCAAUGAGUAGCAAAGAGGAGGAUAUCGGCCUCGAUCGUGAACACUUCCAGAACUUGAAGAACUUCUGGGAGAAAGGAGCAGACUCUGUGAUGGUGGGAAAUGUGCCAGAGGAGCCCAGGUGGGUGGAGGCAGACACUCAGCAGCUCAGGCUGUGCCGAUCGCUCUCUGUGCAGUCUGGGCCAGGCCAGAGCAGUGAUGAAAAACGUGGGGUCUCUGCCAAAACAAGAACCCCCUACAAAAGGACAAUAACCUCUUCUAGUGAGGAAGAACCAAGCUAUGCAACCACCACAAGGAAGGGCUUGGUUUCCAGCAUUCCUAGAUCCAAAAGCAAAAGCAGCCUGGUUCCAAGAACUAACUCUCUGGGUGAAAGUAAUGGAAAGCUGCCAUCCGCUGAGGAAGAGAAGGUGGCACAGUGCUGCUCCAAGAAAUCCAGAUUGCCUGUGCGAGCUCCUUCUGUCAAAAUGGAGUCACCUCCUGAAGAAGUGUCUGGCAGCACAUCUGAGCCAGGGACCCCCACAAACGAGUCUGUGGCUCUGGAACACCGCAAGCACACAGCCAAGUACCCGGCGAGCAGGGUGCAGAUACUGAUAGAGCCCGUGCUUACAGAUGGUGAAAAUGGUGAUGAGGAAGAGGCAGGAUCUGAUCUGGGCACUCAUGACAACAUGGAAAUAAAUGGAGAGCUACCUGAGGAAAAAACGUGUGAGUCCUCGGACAAGGCAGCACCUGGGGAGCCAGCUGGAGAGAGAGGAGCUGUGCAGGGAAUGGACUCGGCUGUUUACUCAGAGGAAGAUGGGGAACAUUCUCCUGCUGCUCAGGCACUGGCCCGAGCAAAUAGCAUUAAUCUUGCAAAGAGCAUGGUGAACAUUUACACAACCACAGAGACAUACAGUAAACCUCAUUUGAUACCCCAUCAGUUUCUUGAACCUGAAAGAAUCAAAGAGCUGAGCCGAUCCUCUCCUCUCCUGUUGUCUGAGACUGAAUCAGACACAGCUUCAGAAAUCAGCUUCCAGUUUCACAAGCACAAAAAGACUCCCAGCACUGGCAGCCACUCGUCUGACAUGGCAUCUGUCUCCUCGGUGAGUGGCAGUGUGCUCAGUGUCUACAGUGGUGAUUUUGGGAGUGUGGAUGCCCAAGGGACCGUGGAGUUUGCUCUGGAUUAUGAUGAGAAGAACCGGGAGUUCCAAGUUCAUGUGUCCCAGUGCAAGGACUUGGCUGUUGUGGAUGAGAAGAAAGGGAGAUCUGACCCGUAUGUUAAAACUUACUUGCUCCCAGAUAAAGCUAGAAUGGGUAAGAGGAAAACUUCAGUGAAGAAGAGGACAGUGAACCCCAUUUACAAUGAAGUGCUACGGUAUAAAAUAGAGAAAAUGGUCUUGCUGAUCCAAAAAUUAAAUCUCUCUGUUUGGCACAAUGACCCACUGGGACGUAACAGUUUCUUGGGAGAGAUUGAAAUAGACCUGGCCAGCUGGGACUGGAGCAACAGGAGACUCAACUGGUACCCGCUGAAGCCCCGAAGCCUUUCUGCUGUUAACGGUGUGGAUCAUCGAGGAGUGAUGAAUUUGUCUAUUAAGUAUGUCCCUCCAGGAAGCCUAGGUCCCAAAAAUCCUCCCUCUGGUGAAGUUCACAUUUGGGUCAAAGACGUGAAGGAUCUGCUGCAGCUGCGUCCUUCUGGAGUUGACUCCUUUGUGAAGUGCUAUGUGCUGCCAGACACCAGUAAGAAGAGUUACCAAAAGACCCGAGUGAUAAAAAGAGACACAAACCCUGUAUUCAAUCACACCAUUGUGUAUGAUGGCUUUCACACAGAGGACCUAAAGGAUGCUUGUGUUGAACUGACUGUGUGGGAUCAUGAAAAACUUACCAACCAUUUCCUUGGAGGAAUCAGGCUGGGCCUUGGGACAGGUCUGAGCUAUGGCAUCUCUGUGGACUGGAUGGACUCCACCCAGGAGGAGGUGGCCUUUUGGCAGGAGAUGAUGUCAGCUGCCAAUGAGUGGAUUGAGGGACUGCUGCCACUGCGCUCACUGGCAGGCAGGAAAAAACUGAAGUAACCUCUUCUUUGUGCCACAGAAAGGCUGAAUAUGUCCCUUAGGACUUGGGAAACUUCCUGCACCGAGGUGACUGAGAGCAACCCUGGGGCUGGCAAGUGUUGGGUUAAAAAGGCAAUUGAUGGACAGCACUUUGGAGAUGUUUAAUGUUAAUUAAUUCCCUGACAGAGGACAUGGAAGUUGCCAAACUGAUGCUAUACUUGAUUUUGACCUAGAAGAAACUUCAUUUGCCUUUUUAUUUCAUCAUUUAUAUUCAGUAUCUUUGAAUUCCAGGGGCUCUGGGAACACUGGCAGAAGGAAAAGGAGAUAGAGAUAUUUUUAUUUUUUUACUAUUUUCUUGUGCCAUUUGUUUUGGGUUUUUUCUGUGCAGAGCUGCAGUUGAGCUAAAGCAGCAGCAUGGUGUUAUUCAUGUUCCCCUGCAAGUGGUACACUUUGUUCUUGGUGUAGAAUUGCUCCAAGUCACCAGCAGCACAGUCUGAGACCAGGAGCUUUGCAUUUGUCCCUGCUGAUAACACAUCUCUAAUGUGAGGAGAAAUGAGAUCCAAGGUGAAUCUAAGGAAAGAGAGAACUAUUUGAAGCAGAAAAGGAAGCAACCUGGGGAGGAUAACAAUGAGGAAUUCAUUAUAUUCAUUUAUUUCUGCUUAAAUAUGAAAGACAGGAGUGAUAGUCCUGCUGCUGGAGGGAUUUGGCAAUGAGGGGCUGUUUCCCUAGAUUUCUCACAGGUUUCCUCAGUGACCUCAGGCAAAUUUCUCUGUGACAGGACAGUCUCAGUGCAAUACAAACUGAAGUGUUUGCCCAAAUGUAAAAUACAGUUCCAGGCCUAAUCACACCAUUGAAAUGCCACAUGUGCAGAACAUUUCAGUGUGAAAUAAUGAUGUAGGAAACAGUCUGGCAUUAGCCUGGCACAACAGGUCAGGGAAGAAAGGUCAAAAAGCACACUGGAAGAUGGGAGAUGUUGCAAGCUGGCAGGAGAGGUAUCCUGGUCUUCUGCUAUUACUGUUAAAACAGGUGCCUGGGAGGAGAUGCUC